UAAAUUACGUCGCGGACAACAGGUCGAUGUGUCGAUUUUGGCAGUUGAUGCGCGAGUCGCGAGAUUUACGAAAAUAUGGCAGCGACAAACCGGGAAGACGGGCCGAGAAUCAGUUUCUUCGGUAACGAGUACGAUGGUAGCAGUUCCGAGUUCGAUGAGACCGACGAUGAAGACUCGGAAAAAAACGUUCCACCGUGGGACACGUUCAAAAGUUUUCCGCCUCAAUCGGAGAGCGGAUCUAUGCAGAGCAACAACAAGUGUCUGGAAGUCACCGUUCAGAUCAUAAAAAUAAUCGUUUACGGAUUGCUGUUUGUUAUCGUUUUGUGUAGCGCUAUUGCAUCUAAAGCAGCUAUUCUCUUUGCGACGUCGCAAUUGUACGACGGCAAAUCGUCAAAGACUUACGAUAUGUACUCUUGCAGUUUGAACGAUUCGAAACUGCCCGGCAAAUUUUUAGCCGAACAUACGCAGGACGGCCGAAUAAAAUGGACGUGGUGCUUAAUCUUCAUAUUUCUCGUGCCGGAGUGUAUCGGCGUGUUAAACACAAUGUGGAACUAUUUCAAAAGAAAAGUUAGGACGCCGAAGAUAUCAACAAUCCUGUUCGUGAUCGUGAUAGAAACGCUCCACACGAUCGGUUUGGUGUUGCUGACGUUUGUCAUUCUGCCGCAGAUGAAUGCGGUGCAGGGCGCCGUUACUUUUUCUUGCCUAUGUUCCGUACCGGGAUUGUUAAAUCUGCUUUUUCGACACAACAAGAAUCAAAAUUUGUCAUUGAGCAAAUGUGCGUUGUUUAAAAUUUUCGAUACGCUGGCACUGGUCGCGCAAAUCAGCGGAUUGAUAUUGUGGCCGUUGAUCGAUGACGGUCACGCCGAAUCAAGUUCGAAAUGGAUAUUUCCCAUCGCGCUUUUAUUGUGCUCGAUUCGCUGGUGGAGCAACUUCGUGUCACCCCACAGCUACGUAGGUCUGAUGAGGUUUUUGUUACGCGUGAAAGAGGAUCUUCAUCCGGGCCAGCAUAUUAUACAAGGAUACAUGUCUCUCUUGAGGAUGUUUGUUUUCAUUACCGGUGCUCUCAUUGUCAGCGUGUGUAAAGGAAUCGACGCCGGACAAUUUUUUUCACCCAGUUUCGCCGGAACGUAUACGAUCAAUCUAAUUCUAGAGAAUAGAACACAAUACGCAUCUGAUCGUCAUGUUGUCGAUUACUUCGAUGACACUGAACUUCCAAGAAGCUUGAACUCCCUCGUGCCUUUAUUUGUCUUCGUCAUUCAAGCUGUUUGCGCCAUGAUAACGUAUCAAUCUUGUAAAUUUGCCUAUAGAACUCACAUGCAUCAGUUCGGUUUCGCAUUUCCGACAAAUCUAGCUGCUAUAGGAACAAUGUGUUUCGUCAUGGCGAUGUGUGCUGACGUUUGCAUCUUUCAAUCCAUCAUGAAAGAUAAUUACAUCUUCUUCAACGAAUUUUUAUUCGGAACUUGGGAAGAGUUUUUUUCUUAUUGGUGGUGGCUGUUAUGGCUAACGUGGCCGAUGUCGCAGAUGUGGAUCACAAUGCACCUGUGGACCAUCGAGAACGAAAGACUGGCGUCCGCGGAAAGAAUCUUCGCCAUUGCCACUUACGAUUCACUCAUGAUCGACCAAUGUUUAGCGUUGAAUAGAAGAACGCGGAAUGAAAAUAUUGACGAGGACGACGAGAACGAAGAUACAAACAAAGAAGUUCCGUUUCAGAACGGCGGUCUCACGUACAUUGAUCCCAACGAUAUCGGUUUGGAUGGUAUGUCGGACAGAAUCGAAGACUUUAACAAAGACUAUUCGGAUACGGCGGUUAAAAAACGCAAAGAUCGAGUAACGAAAAUUUACGCGUGUGCCACGAUGUGGCACGAAGAGAAGAACGAGAUGAAUCAACUGGUGCGCAGUAUUCUGCGAUUGGACAAGAACCAGUGUGCGAUACAUAGCACGCAGAAACAUUAUAAAGUUCACAUGAAGGAUUAUUACGAACUAGAAACUCACAUUUUCUUUGACGAUGCGUUUUGUUGCAUGCACGGAUGCAUCGGUUUGUGCAAUCACGACGAGAACGAAACCCAAGUCAAUCAUUACGUGAUCACGCUGGUGGAGACGAUCGAAAGAAACGUGGAGAACUUGUUUAUGCGCUUUUUACCGCCCACGAAAUAUCCGACGCCUUACGGCGGUCGUCUCGUGUGGACGUUGCCGGGAAAGAAUCAACUGAUGGUCCACCUGAAGGACAAGAAUAAAAUCAGGCACAGAAAACGAUGGAGUCAGGUAAUGUACAUGUAUUAUCUUCUGGGAUACUGUCUGUUGGGAUUGCCGAUAGACGUUGAUCGGAAGGAAAUCAUCGCCGAGAACACGUACAUUCUCACGCUGGACGGGGAUAUUGAUUUUCAACCGGAUGCCGUCAAGGUCCUGGUGGAUCUGAUGAAAAAAGACAGAGAUCUAGGUGCCGCAUGCGGACGAAUACAUCCAGUCGGAUCUGGUCCAAUGGUCUGGUUCCAAAAAUUCGAAUACGCAAUUGGUCAUUGGCUGCAAAAAUCCACGGAACACACGAUCGGUUGCGUUCUAUGUAGUCCUGGUUGUUUCUCUCUUUUCCGCGCAAAAGCAUUGAUGCAACACAACGUGAUGGCAAAGUACGCCACCAAAUCAACCGAUGCCAGACACUAUAUCCAGUACGACCAAGGUGAAGAUCGAUGGCUCUGCACGUUACUCCUUCAAGUAGGGUCUCGGGUCGAAUAUUCGGCGGCGAGUGACGCGUACACUCACGCGCCAGAACUCUUCAGAGAGUUCUACAUACAACGUCGUAGAUGGAUACCGUCCACCGUGGCGAAUAUAUUUGACCUGCUUAUGACUUCCAAAGAAACGAGAAGGGUGAAUAACGACAUCUCGUUUCUGUAUAUCGCCUAUCAGUGGAUCCUAAUGGGAAGCACAAUCUUGGGACCAGGUACAAUAUUUUUAAUGUUGGUUGGUGCGUUUGUCGCCGCGUUUCAUAUCGACAAUUGGACCAGUUUUUGGUACAAUUUGAUCCCGAUUGUCGUGUUCGUUGGAGUUUGUUUUUAUUGCAAAGAGCGCACGCAGUUAUUGGUAGCUGAAAUCAUUAGCGUCAUAUAUGGGCUGGUAAUGGUUAUCGUCCUGAUGGGAAUUAUGCUUCAAAUUGCCGAAGAUGGAUGGCUUGCUCCCAGCAGUCUUCUUUUCUUCAUCGUUGCGAUUCAACUAACCGUAGCUGGUCUGUUUCACCCCCAAGAAGUGUCUUGUUUGUUGUGCGGCAUUAUUUAUUACAUCACCGUACCGUCCAUGUACAUGCUGUUGAUCAUUUUUUCUGUUUUCAAUGUGCAUAACGUUACAUGGGGCACGCGAGAUUUGAAGAAGCCGCCGAAUGUCAAACCUCAAGACGAGCACAGUCCUUCGGCGAUUGACAAUCUAACCGGGUUCAUGACAAGAAAGGAAAAUAGGCAAGAAGAUAAGAAUCAGAAAGGUUCCUUCGAAAUUUCGUUGGGUGAUCUCUUCAAAUGCAGUUGCUGCAUUCACACGGGAAUGAGUUACGAAGAAAAACGACUGUGCGAAAUUGAUCAAUCCUUGCAACAAAUAAACAAACGUUUAGAGUUACUGGACAGCAAUUACAGGCUACACACAACAAACACGGAUGCUGACAUUGGUCAAUCGUCUUCCAACGCCAAUAUAUACUCGAGAUCGUAUUUUCCAAUGCAAGAGAAUGAGGAAGAAGAGUUGCAACAUAUAAACGAUAAGAACGAUCCUGAGAACAGGAGUUACAAAGAUUUCGACGACGACGAAAGCGACGUUCUGACACAAGUGUCGGCGACUUCGAGUCAAGAAGCACGUUCGAACUUUCUCAUCAGUCCUUACUGGCUUCAGGACGAAAGAUUACGACGAGGCGAGGUGGAUUUUCUGUCGAAUUCCGAGGAAGAAUUUUGGAAUUAUCUGAUCGGAAAAUAUUUGCGACCGAUCGAAACCGACGAGGAGAGUCAGAACAAAAUAACUCAGGAACUGAUAAACUCCCGCGACGCGUAUUUAUUGAAGUUCUUUAUGAUAAACGCUCUGUUCGUGUUGAUCGUGUUUCUUAUGCAGUUGAACAAAAACGUAUUGCAUUUACAAUGGCCGCUAAGCGUCAAGUACAAUGUCACGUAUCUCAAAUAUGACACGGGAAAAGAGGAAGUACAUUUGACGAAAGAAUAUUUAAGACUCGAGCCGAUUGGAUGUCUGUUUAUCGCCGCGUUCAUUAGCAUAUUAGGCGUGCAGUUUGUCGCCAUGCUAAUUCAUCGUUUUGACACAUUCUCUCAUGUACUUGCCACCACGAAACUUCCUUUCUGCAAGAAAAUGACGGAAGAGGACAUCGCUUUUGAAAAACACGCUGAUACGAUAGCACAAGCGCUUCAACGCACAGCGGAGGACGACAUACUUUUGGAGCUACGAAGAAGCACCAUGACCGCUCCCGGUAGGCGAAAGACUGUGCACGAACUAUCGGAUAAUUCACGAAGACCAUUUAGGAUGUUUGGAAAUUUCGAGAAACUGUUUCGGAAGAAACUUCGUGAUCCAAAAGCCUCCGGUUUGACACGGCAUAUGUUCUCGCGAAUGUCGAGAAAUACAUUUGACGCUUUCGAGCGAAGACGAUCGACAAUUUUGGAAAACAGAAGAUCACAGUCUCAGAGACCGUCCUACGUUUACGACAGCGCUGAUAAUUUGAGAUCUACAAACGAUCCAAUCUUUCAUCCGAACUCAGAACAAAUGAAUUCAACUCGAUUUCAUUAUGACAAUCCAGCAUUCAGACAAGAUGAGAAUGUAUGAGAUACUGAAGACGACGCUCGAUCA